AUGUUAUCACUUAUUUCAUUGGUUUCAGCACUAAAUACUAUUGUAAUUAGCGAGAUUGAUGUAAAUAAUACCAAAAACCUCAAUAAUGCCAGUACAAAUAAAGAUGAAUGCAAUAUAAUUUGCCCGCCAGAAGAUAAAAUGGCUUGUGCAUUUGACGCUGAAACUAGGAAACAUAAAUUGUUUGCCAAUAACUGUACUAUGAUGUCAUAUGGAAGAUGUCAUAAUAUUGGUUACUUUGAAACAGAAAUACAUUUUUGUAUAAAAGACCAAAUGAUGGGAACAAGAAGAAUGUAUGGUGAAUCCUGUCCCGUUUUCUGUCCAUCGCACUAUCGGCCUGUGUGCGGAGCCUCGAAAAUGAGGGCAUAUAACUACCGGGCCUUCACUAAUGGAUGCCAAUUAGAUAUGGUUAACUGCCGGGGUGAUGAUGAUGACAGCGGUUAUAUUGAAGUUGCGUUGGACUUUUGUCAAAGACAUCUGAUGAAAAACAUAUUCAAGACGCAAGUGAUCAUCAGUGGCUUCUCCGAUUACAGAGACUAUCAUGAUAAUUAG